AUGGUGAACAAGAGAAAGCGUCUCCUACGUGACUGCUACAACUGGCACGCCAACGGCGGAGAUACCAUAGGAUGUCAGUCCCUGCACUGGCUGAAACAACGUUCCCCUCAGGCCCCCCCACCAGAUUUCUUUCAGAUGAAAGAGGUGGUGAUGAGAUUUGUGAAAGCUGGUUCUACCUCGGUUGUGUCCUUGGUGUGGUACAAACCACUAAAGGUCCUGGAGAAAUAUCCUAAUACACCUAUGAGCCAUAAAGAGAUUCUUCAAGUUAUCCAGAAAGAAGGACUUAAAGAAAUCAGUGGGACUUCUCCUCUUGCAUGCCUGAAUGCUAUGUUACAUACAAACUCCCGAGGGGAAGAGGGCAUUUUCUAUAAGGUCCCAGGGCGAAUGGGAGUGUACACUCUGAAGAAGGAUGUUCCAGAUGGAUUAAAAGAGCUCUCUGAUGGCUCGGAAGAAAGCAGCGAUGCCCAGUCAGACUCGCAGAGCUCGGAGAACAGCAGCAGCAGCAGCAGCAGCAGUGAUGCUUGCAGUAACAAAGAUGGGAAGAAAAGCAGAUGGAAAAGGAAAGGUAAUUUUCCUUUUCAGAGGUGAUAAUUUUAACAUGGUCUGUGUCUGUGAAGGACUUUGAGGUUGUUAUCGAUUAAAUCUGUUGCCUUCUAAAGUGAAGCUGUCACAGUAGGCUAAAAGCCUACUUUUACCAGUUGUGCUCAUGGUUUAGAACUCAUGACGCAAACGCUGCUUCACUAAUAUGAGAACCAAAGGGGAAAAGCUAUCUGGAAUUAAGUCUCUGUAUUUAGGGCCUUGAUAUUAGCCAGAGGCCAGCGUACUAUGCUUCAGACACUGGAACACUGGCAUCUGUUUUUUCCUGUUUUUUCUCUGCCAUCCCUCUUCUUUCCCAGAAAGAUUGUACAGUGUAAUUCUGGCCUCUUUUGGUGAUUUUGGGGUGCAGCAUUAAAAAGGAAUGAGCACAGAAUCUGUGAGAUUGAAGGUUUAUGUGAACUGCCUGCAGAAUCACAGAGCAGUUUACAUUGAAAUGGGAUGUUUAAAGAUCAUCUAGUCCAACCCACUUGCUCAGGCAAGGUCAGCUGGAGCAGGUUGUCCAGGACCCUGUCCAGAUGGACUUUGAAUAUCUCCAAGGAUGGAGACUCCACCACCUCUCUGGGCAGCGUGCUCCAGGGCUUAGUCACCCUCACGGGAAAAAGUUUUUCCUCAUGUUCACAUGGACCUUGCUGUGUUUCAGUUUG